UGAAGUGGAGUGAAGGGCAGAGGCUGGUCAGAAGGGGGAGGGUGGCUUUGCUGUGUCACCCCGCUGGAGCCCUGCCCCAUUGGGGGGCCCCUUUGGCGGGUGUUAGACGUUGAUAUAUCUUUCCCCAAGAUCCUGAGGCCUCUUAGCUCAGACCCAGAGGGAAAAGGCCAGGAGAGGAGGCCCUCCUCCUCUUCUGUCCCUCUCCCGCCUGGGGGCCUUCUUGCCCCCCCCCCCAAGAUUCCUUAGCUCCGGGGGAAUAAACUGCAGAUAAACCCAGGAGGGGGACAAAUCUGUCCUUAGAGAGAGAACCGAGGCACCGAGGGGGUGCAAGCAUGAGCUGGCACAGGUCAACCACCGAGCUGCGCAAGGAGAAGUCCCGGGAUGCGGCUCGCAGCCGGCGCAGUCAGGAGACCGAGGUGCUGUACCAGCUGGCGCACACGCUGCCCUUCGCGCGCGGGGUCAGCGCGCACCUGGACAAGGCCUCCAUCAUGCGCCUGACCAUCAGCUACCUGCGCAUGCACCGCCUCAGCGCCGCAGGGGAGUGGAACCAGGUGGGAUCAGGGGGCGAACCACUGGAUGCGUGCUACCUGAAGGCCCUGGAGGGCUUCGUCAUGGUGCUCACCGCCGAGGGAGACAUGGCUUACCUGUCGGAAAAUGUCAGCAAGCACCUGGGCCUCAGUCAGCUGGAGCUCAUCGGACACAGCAUCUUUGAUUUCAUCCAUCCCUGUGACCAGGAGGAGCUUCAGGAUGCCUUGACCCCCAGGCCCAGCCUGUCCAAGAAGAAGCCGGAGACCCCCACCCAGCGGCGCUUCUCCUUGCGUAUGAAGAGCACGCUCACCAGCCGGGGGCGCACGCUCAACCUCAAGGCCGCCACCUGGAAGGUCCUGCACUGUUCUGGACACAUGAGGGCCUACAAGCCCCCUACCCAGACACCCCCUGGUGGGAGCCCCCGGGCAGAGCCCCCCCUGCAGUGCCUGGUGCUCAUCUGUGAAGCCAUUCCCCAUCCGAGCAGCCUGGAGCCCCCGCUGGGCCGGGGGGCCUUCAUCAGCCGCCACAGCCUGGACAUGAAGUUCACCUACUGUGAUGACCGGAUCGCAGAGGUGGCCGGCUACAGUCCUGAUGACCUGAUCGGCUGCUCCGCCUAUGAGUAUAUCCACGUGUUGGACUCAGAUGCUGUGAGCAGGACCAUCCAUACCCUGCUGAGCAAGGGUCAGGCGGUGACCGGCCAGUACCGCUUCCUGGCCCGGAGUGGAGGAUAUCUAUGGACCCAGACCCAGGCAACGGUGGUUUCGGGGGGGCGGGGCCCCCAGUCAGAGAGCAUCGUCUGUGUGCAUUUUCUGAUCAGCCGGGUGGAGGAGACGGGGAUGGUGCUGUCACUGGAGCAGACGGAACGACAUUCUCGAAAACCCCGUCCUGCCUCGUCUCAGAAAGACACCCCUAAUCCUGGGGACAAGCUUGACACCCCCGGUCCCCGGAUCCUGGCCUUCCUGCACCCCCCUGCCCUGAGCGAGGCCACCCUGGCUGCUGACCCCCGCCGGUUCUGUAGCCCAGACCUCCGGCGUCUCCUGGCACCCAUCCUGGAUGGGCCUCCUGGAGCUGCCACACCCAGCACCCUGAAGGCCACGCCCCGUCCCCAAAGCCCUCUCCCGGCUGAUCUCCCAGACCGGCUUCUUGUGGGUGUAGACAGAGCACACAGGCUCUUCACCGCUGGGAGGGGUGGAGGGACAGCUGAGACGGAGCUAAGCACAGCACAGGACACUGACACUCUGGACUUGGAGAUGCUGGCCCCCUACAUCUCCAUGGAUGACGAUUUCCAGCUCACCUCCACUGAGCAGCCUCCCAGGAUUUACCACCGACCCAAAGCAGCCAUCCGCCGGCCCCGCGCUCGGAGCUUCCAUGGCCUGUCACCCCCAAUCCCGGAGCCCUCCCUGCUGCCCCGUUGGGGGAGCGACCCCAGGCUUAACUGCUCCAGCCCUUCCAGAGGGGACCCCUCUGCAUCCUCGCUAGUGGCAGGGGCUCGGAAGAGGGCCCUGGCCCAGAGCUUAGAGGAUGAGGGGGUAGAGCUACUGGGAGUGAGACCCCCCAAACGGUCCCCCAGCCCAGGCCCUGGAAACUUCCUUCUGCCUCCCCUCAACCUGAUGGGGAAACCGGAGAGGGCCAAGGGCUGGCUGAAGGUCAGGCGGGAGGUCAGCGGUCCAGCUGGCCUUCUAGUGCCCUUCAUGGGUUUGAGAAGGCUUUGCGAAUGGAGGAUGUGUGCUGACACAAAAGCAUCAAGCCAGGUCAAAGGAGCCACGUGGGGGUUAUGUCACCAGGGGUCUCCUCUGCUCCCUGGGGGGGCCCACAGAGGGAUUCCCUGGCUCCUUAGUCUGCAAAGGAUGUGACUGAUUGAGAAUAUGGUCAGCUCAUAUUUAUUAAGUGCCUACUGUGUACCUUAUUGCUGACACAGCAAGUGCCUCGCAUGGUUCAUUUAGUUCCUGUUUGUUUUGGGAAGACACAGUCUCACUCUGUGUCCCAGGCUGGCCUUGAACUCACCAUGCUUCUGCCUCAGCCUCCCAAGUGCCAGAAUUAUAGGCAUGUGCCACCAUUCUGCCCUUCAUGAGCAUUCUUGAAAUGCCGUUAUUGUGACACGUAGACACACUCAGAAGGUACACAUUGUCAGACUAGGCCGACACUUAGUGGGCAGCACAGCUGCGGACAGGGGUGUGAGCGGGUGUGAGGAAGACCUUGGGCCGGGGCAGCACUGGGGUUACCUCCAGGGGUACCAGUACCACCCCAGUACCGACCCCAGCCAGAAGGAGAGACAGGGCUGUUCCCUACCCCAGGGAGAGUAAGGGCUUCCUGAUUAGGGCUGAACCCAGGGGCCCUGCAAGGCUGCAGGGCACCUCAGCCCGCUGGGCCCAGAGCGAGGAGGAGGAGGAAGGAGGAGGAGUGGGACUAUGACCCGUUCACGUCAAAACGCAUGGUCACUGGUCUUCACCAGCGCCUUGACCUGCACUGCUCAUCAUUCCUUCUUGGAUGGUGAU